AUGGGGAAAAGCAUCAUCAUCGUCGGCGGGGGCAUGUGCGGCCUUGCCUCCGCCAUCGCCAUCUCAAAGGCGCUCUCCCCAUUUCAAACUAACCUAACCAUCACAGUCUACGAGCUUCGCAGCGUCCCCAGCACCCUCGGCGGGCCGGUAAAUCUCACCCCGAAGGCCCUCCGAUGUCUGGACAUGCUCGGCGUGUUGGACGAGUUAAAGCAGGCGAAGGCCGGCUGCGAGGUCGACGCCAUCCAGAUUCUCUCCCUGCGGACCGGCAAGGAGGUCGGGGCGAUCGACUAUACUGGUUCCGAGGGGACCGGGUUUGGCGGGUACAAGGGCUGGCGGGUGAUGCGGUACGAGCUCCUGCAGGCGAUGCUGCGGGUGAUUGCGCGGCUACCGGCCGUGAAGAUCGAGUAUGGCAAGAAGCUGGUGAGGGUCGAGGAGCGCGCCGGUGUCACUGCAGUGAGCGUCUACUUUGAGGAUAGCACAAGCACCGCGGGAGAUAUGGUGCUGGGCUGCGAUGGGAUCCAUUUUGCUGUGCAGGGGAUACAUGUACAGCCGGACCGGAAGCCCGCGUAUUCUGGGGUUGCGGCGGCGUAUGGCUUUGUCGAGGCGAAGGCUGUGCUUGGGGUGAACGGCAGGCCGUUUUUCAAGGAUACAGCGCUGCUGAUGUCGCGGUAUGGGUCUGUGAUGACGACCUUCUGCGACCAUGCUCGGGAGCUCGUCUACGUGGUUGUGCUGAUGCGGACGGAGGAGCAAGGGUCCCGCGAAGGGUGGAAGUUGCUGGAGAAGGACCAGGAGAUGGUCCGGAAGGAAGGGAGGAGGAUCACGCAGCAGUCAGCAAUUCCUGACGCUGAGAAAUUCAUCGAGGCUGUGGAGGACUGGACGUUUUAUCCGAUCUACCUGCUCCCGCCGAACGGGCAGUGGGCCACAGAUCGGGUGCUACUUCUGGGAGACGCUGCCCAUGCGGCGAGAGCAUCGGUCAUGCGCUCGAAGAUGCGAUCAAAUUUGCCCGAGGUCCUCUCGCGGUACGGGGUAGACGACCCCAGGACCAGCUUCCGCUUCUUCGAAGACAUUCAGCGAAAGAAAGUGGAGGCCGCCUACCAGGCCGCCGUUAGAGGCUGGAUGCCGGCCCAUGACAUGGGCGCUGUGUUUUCUAGGGUAUUCGAGUGGAUCACUCCAUUGUUCUUGUGGUGGAUGACGAGGGAACAGCAGCAGGACUUUCUGGAAGAUCCCACAAACAUACCAUUUCCAGAUCGUGACGAGUCUGCAAGACUGUGA